AUUUUCCGGGACGGUUGGGAAAAGGAGGGACGUGGCGGGGUGAGGAGAGUUGUGCGAGUUGGCGAAUAGUGUUUCCCGGUUAACGAGGUCGAUUUCAGGUAAUACUUGUAUGAUACACAAAGUUGCUUGUUGCCAAUAAUCCAUCAAUCUUCCUGUUUGAUCGAAUGGAUGAUCGUGAACCGUGUCCCUACAGAAUUGGAGAUGAUGUUGGUGGUGCAUUUUCACUAGGUUUAGCUGGUGGAUCUAUAUUUCACGCUCACAGUGGCUUCAGAAAUUCCCCAUGGGGACAUAAACUUGUUGGCAUCAUGCGUGAGGUACGUACGCGGUCACCAGUUGUUGGUGGACAGUUUGCAGCAUGGGGCGGUUUAUUUAGUGCGAUUGAUUGUAGCCUAGUAGCCAUAAGAAAGAAGGAGGAUAUGCUCAAUCCAAUCGUAUCUGGUGGUCUGACUGGCGCUCUAUUGGCUGUACGGUCUGGCCCCAUGGUGAUGAUGGGUUCAGCAGCCGUUGGAGCGGUGAUAGUGGGUAUGAUUGAAGUAGCGUCAUUAGCAGUGGGUAAAUUUGCUGGGAUGGUUUUGGAUCCGAAUGCUAUGCAACAACAUGAGUUGGAAGAUCCAACAGUUUUAAGUGCAAAGCAACAGCAAAAGCAUGGAAGCGCUGGAAAUAGCUCUACUUCUAGUGUUUCUGGAGAUGCUUCUGCUGUGCCAUUCUCAUUAGCUCAGCCUUAUUAAAAUAACCUUGUUGAAACAUCAUUGUAUUGGUAUUACCAAGUUUACUACUGUCAUGUUUCUGUUCGUUAUUGCAUAAUCAUCUACGUAGUUUAAAGCUACUUUAUUUCAAAAAAAAGUUCUAAUAUGAUGUUGAUCAGUUCUCUUUGCUUCAUACAAAGCAAGUCUUUGUGUUGCGCCAUUCUAGGAAAGACAUUCAAUAAUUUAUGUGCAUCCAAUUACGGAACUGGUAGCACAGGAAAAGAAGUAUGUAUAUUUUUACUCCUUAAACUUUUUGAAAUGCAUAAAAUAUCGUUAUUUGGAAAGUGUGGGAACUAUUUUUACCGUCUUUUUUCGGUUUCUGCGAACUAAUUGUUUGAUUACCUUUUAUUAUUUUGUCUUUUUGAGUGCAAUGAAGUAGGUUUUGUUUUCCCCUUUUUCUUAAUAAUCCGUUGUGGGCAUGUCAAUAAUUUAGCUGCUACCAUUUACAAAAUUUGAUUUUUAUGGUGGUGUUAGAUAGCGAAUCGUCUUUUAAUUAUUUCGUCAAUAAAUGCAUACCAUUGAUCUUGUCGGGAUUGGCGUAAUUAUGAAAGAUCUGGACGUCAGUAUGGAUUGUAUUUCACUGCAUUAUUCUUAUUCUGC